AUGAGUGAUUUAAAUACAAAUGAAAAUGUUGAAUUAAUUUCAUUUCCCAAUCCAACAAAAACUUCUGGUGGAACAACAAUAAUUUCAACAAACGAUACAGCAAAUACUUCAUCUUCUUCAAUAUCAUCAACUGAAGAAAUUUUAGAGAAUUUUCCAAACCCACAAAAAGAUGAAGAUUUUAAAAAAAAAUUUGGUUUAAAAUCAAUUGGAACAAUUGGUGGAAUAUGUUUAUUAAUUGGUAAUUGUACAGGACCAGGAAUGGUUAAUAUUAGUUAUCAAUUUCAACAAGGUGGAUGGUUUUUAUCAUUAUUAGGAUAUAUUUUAAUGUUAGGUUUAAGUGGAAUAUCGGCAUUAUUUAUAAUAGAAUCAAUGUCAAUGAUUCCAGGAAAUAAUAAAUUUGCAUUACGUAUAGAGUUUACAAUGAUAUGUAGAUUUUAUUUUGGUAAAUCAAUGUAUUUAGUAUCACAAUUAUUUAUAAAUAUAAGUUUAAUCAUUACAAAUAUUGCAAGUAUUAUCAUAUGUUCACAAGUUUUCGAUAGUUUAAUGGUAUUUAUUUUCAAAAAAACAUGUGGGAUCUCUUUUUCCAAUGGGUGGAUAUGUGUAAUUGAGAAUAGUGGUGAUGGUGGAUCACCAUUUCAAGAUGAUUAUAUGUUUAUAACAAUUGGUUAUUUAGCUAUACUAGUUCUGGUUGUACCAUUGGCAUUCUUUAAUUUAAAUGAUAAUAUAAUCAUACAAAUUGCAUGUGUUAUCAUUAUGUUGGUAAUUGUAAUUAGUUGGGUUGUUAUUUUCAUUUUGAUUGGAUUAUCAACUGAUAAUUUACCAACUAUUGGUAACCAUAUGAGUGGUAUAUCACAAAUCAUUGGUAAUUGUAUGUUUAAUUAUGCAUUCAUUACAACUAUACCAUCAUGGGUAAAUGAGUCUAAACCAAAUGUUAAUUUAAAAAGAUCAGUUUGGAUUUCAACAAGUUUUUCAACGGUAUUAUUCAUUAUUGUUGGUGUAUUUGGUGCAUUAACUUUCUCUUCAAUGUCUCCAAAUUCCACCAUUCUUAGUUUAAUUAAUUUAUCUAAAAAAGCAAAUAUAUUUUCAAAAUUAUCAGUUUAUUUAUUCCCUUUUAUUGUAUUGGCAAGUACAAUACCAGUUUUUUCAAUCAUUGUACGAUAUAAUUUAACUCAAAAUAAAUUCUUUCCAACUUGGAUUGCAAAUUUAAUUUCAAUAGUUUUACCUUGGUUAAUUGUAAUUCCAUUUCAAACUGGUGAUUGGUUAAAUAUAAUUUCAAAUUAUUCUUCUUUAUUCUUUGGUUCAAUUGCAAAUUUCAUUAUACCAUUUAUUCUUUAUAUAAAAUCUUUAAACUUUAAAAAUAAAUUAAAUAAUUAUAAUAAACAACAAAAAUUUGAAAAUAAAAUAAAUAAUAAACAAAAACAAGGAAAAGAAGGACUAGAAUCAAAUCAAAUAGAAUUAAAUAAUAUUGAAGAAGGUUUUACAAAUGGUGAAAAUUAUGAAAGUUUUUUUACACCAGAACAAGAAAAGAUAUUAAAAGAACUUUCACUUGAAACAAGAGAUACUGAAGAAAAUACUAAUAUUACAACUAAUCACUUUAAAAGUUUAUCAUUAAUUCCAAGAAGAUACUCAAAAAUUAUUGCACAAAUUUGUUUAAUCACUUUAUCAAUUUUAAUAGUUUUAGUUAUUUUUUCAAAUUUUUAUUUUGGUAAUUAG